AUGGGGGACGCUAUCGUGGACCCCGCGAAUUUGCACUGCCAUAAGCAAUGCGUAGUCUAUAAGACGGCUAUUCGUCCACACCAUGACCACGACAGGGUCACACGACCGCAGUUUCCUCAACCCACCACGAACACGAGCGCUGAGCACAUAAAGUAUGCUAGCUCGUCCACAGGGACGUUUAAACCGACCUUCAAGGCCCGAGCGAGUGCUUCAAGCGAGAACUCUGCCCUCGUUCUACUCGAUGCAAUUCACGUAUUCGACGGUCUCGCCAUCCUAUUCCAUCCAGGAGCGAACGAUCCCGUCACAACUAGAGUGAAAACUUCCAUUGGCUGUGCAUUAACCGAGGCUCGGAAGACGUGCUGGAAGACGUCGUCCAUGUGGACUGCGCAACAACAGCCUGGACUUCUGGAUCAUGUUCAAGAGUCAUCCGAUAUAGUCGGUCUGGAGCUUUACUUCUCUGCAUAUCUGGCCACUCUUGUUGUUCUCAUCACCGUCACCGGGACCUGGUUCGGGGUAAUAGCACUGCGAAAUGGAGUAGAAAGACCUCCACCGUUCCAAAGGUAG